AUGACUGGAAAUGGUAAUCAAGAGGCUGAAGAAUCGUUGUUAUAUUCAGCUCGCCAUGGAGAAAUGGCUAUGGUAAAAGCUAUAAUAGAAGCGAAGAAAGCUGAAAAACUGACUGUAGACUUAAAUUGUAAAGGAAAACUAAGGGGUAAUCUUGGAUGGACACCACUCCACCUAGCUACAUAUUUUGGACACAAACAAGUAGUUUUAGCACUACUUGAGGCUGGAGUUGAUGUUGAUGAAGUCAAUGAAGAUGGUGACACAGCCUUACAUAAGGCCGCUUUUAUUGGAAAUGAGGAAUUAGUGAUUAUUCUUUUAAAUCAAAAUGCAGACGUGAAUGUGAUGAAUGGAGAAGGGAAAACACCUUGUGAUGUAUCAAAGUCUCAAGAUGUCCAAAGACUUCUUGAAGCAGCAGAUAGAGCAAUGCGUCUCGAGAAAGAACGAAAGCUUUUGAAUGCUGCUAAAGACGGACGUCAUGAUGUUGUCCAAGAAUUGUUGACAAGUUCAAAUCCUCCAAGUAUAAACUGUGUCGAUGUCCAAGGCAACUCCUGUCUCCACUGUGUAGCUUACCGAGGUCACGCAAGGGUGGCCGUGCUUUUACUACAAAAUGGCAUUGAUACAACGCUCAGAAACAAUAAUGGGCAACUAGCCAUAGAUAUAGCUAAAGACAAUGAUAUCCGCGAAGUACUUAGCGUUCGCCCGGUCCGAAGGUUACAACGCACCGCUGCCCGGUUUGAAGGACCAUUACUUAAAAGAUCCAGGUUCCUUGGAUGGAGGCCCGUUUGGGGGGUACUUCAACGUGGUGUGUUACUGUACUAUGGGAACCGUGCAGAGGCGGCUCGCGACGUCUCCCGAUGGCGUGACAAGAAAUACAUGGAUGCUGCUAAAUUAAAUUUUCCGGACACCGAACCCGCACUCAUUGUGAUUAGCUUCAGCGAUGGUGAGACUCAUAGAUUGGCUGUGCCGCCUGGAGAUAAUGUUGCUGUAUGUAGGCAGGUUGGUAUAUAA